GAGUUUCUCAACGUUUCUUUGUGCGUCAGUCUCUUUGGGUCGACGAAGCUGCUCUCAAACAUCUGAUGUUCAUGACUUGAGGCUCGCAAGCAUCUGAUGUUUAUUCUACUUGGCUCUUAUGUUAAGCAAGUUUGGCCACCCCUGCUGUAUACCCUGACAGCAAAUCUCACAGUUUCCAUAUUUUGAACUUCAAAGGUAUUCAUGACGACCAGCCAACGACUAAGUCAAGCUGAGUUCCGCCGAGUUCCUGUUAAAGGACACACCCGAGUGCGGGUUUGUGUGCGACUGCGGCCUGGCGUGGGAACUGGGCAGGGUCAGGAUGCCCCCUGUGUACGAGGUGUGGAUUCCCACUCACUGGAGAUCCUCAACUGGAGAAAUGAGAUGGAGACGAUGAAGUACCGGUUCGAUGCCUUUUAUGGUGAAAAAGCCACUCAAUGGGAUAUCUACAUGGGAUCAGUUCAGCCUAUCCUGUGCCAUCUGCUGGAGGGGCAGAAUGCCAGCAUCCUGGCUUACGGGCCUACUGGAGCAGGUAAAACACACACCAUGUUGGGGACUCCAGAUCAGCCUGGGGUAAUACCACGAGCGCUUCGGGAUCUCUUGCAGAUGACGAGGAAUGCCACGGGGGACGAGUGGAACUACUCUGUUUCCAUGUCCUACCUGGAAAUCUACCAAGAGAAGGUGCUUGAUCUCCUAGAGCCCUCCCGCCGCGACCUGCCAAUCCGGGAGGACCACAACCACCACAUCCUGGUGCCUGGCCUGACACAGAAGGAGAUCACCAGCUUCUCUGACUUCGAGAGCUUCUUUCUGCCCGCCAGCGCCAACAGGACAGUGGCAUCCACACAGCUGAACCAGCGUUCCAGCCGCAGCCAUGCUGUGCUGCUGGUUUGGGUGAGACAGACCCAGGGCUGGCCCCCCUACGCACGCAGGGCAGCCAAAUUGUGCCUUAUUGACUUGGCUGGAUCGGAGGAUAACCGGCGGACGGGAAACAAAGGCGUGCGCCUGAAGGAGAGCGGAGCCAUCAACACUUCGCUCUUCGUGCUUAGCAAGGUGGUGGAUGCCCUCAACCAGGGGCUGCCUCGGGUGCCCUACAGAGACAGCAAACUUACUCGCCUGUUGCAGGAUUCCCUGGGUGGCAGUGCACACAGCAUGAUCAUAACGAACAUCGCCCCUGAGAAGAGAUUCUACUUUGACACCCUCACGAGCCUCAACUUUGCUGCCAAGUCAAAGCAAGUGGUGAAUAAGCCCUUCACACAGGAAACCCUGCCAGAUAUGGCAGCAGCCAAGAGACCUCGUGCAGACUCCAAGGAUGCUGAGCCAGAGGCAAAGAGACCCUGCCUCGAAGAGGACCAUCAACCCCAACUGGAAGAGAAGCCACUCAGUGCCUUGAUACCUCUGGAGAAUCUGAAGCCGGCUGUGGCCAAACGGCUCUUGCACCUGGAGGCCUUGGAGAAAGAGCAUGCAAGUCAUGGGAGUUUCGGGCCGCCCCUUCUCAACACUCCCCGCAGGGAGCGGCAGCGCCUUGUGAAGCAGCUGGAGGAGACAAAGCAGAAACUGAAGGCUCUCCAGGAGAUGGAGGCCAAAGCUGCUCAGAAUAUAAAGCCUGGACCUGCUCCCCAGUUAGUUGCCAACCCCCCCAAAAAGGCUGUGGUAUUGCCCCUCCAGAGAGUGCAGACACCUGAGAAGACUCAAGAAGACGUCACUGUGACCAUCAUACAACAGAAGAAGAGAGGACAGAAGAGGAAGCUGAUUGAACAGACUUCGGUCUCUGGCUGUGAAAAUGAGGCUCCCGCUGAAUGGGAGAUGGCUUUGCGUCCUGAUUUGCUGGCUCGUGGCAAAGAAAACAUCUUGGCCCUCCUGAACACGGGCUCAGAAAAAGACCUUAUGGCUCUGCACCGGAUUGGCAAAAAGAAGGCUCGGGACAUUGUGGCCUGGAGAAAACUCCAUGGGUCAUUUCAGAAGGUAGAAGACUUUGAAAAAGUUGAAGGGGUCUCUGCCAAGCAAGCAGUUUCCUUUAUAAAGGCAAACAUCCUGAGCAGCCUAGGUGACCUUCAGUCGCUAAACUGAUUGUGCAAUCCAGUACUUCUGCGCCUUGAUUUUUAUUAAUAAUGUACUGGGUUUAAAUUAAUGUUCGUGCAUUUAAAUGAAUCAAAGUGAAAUACAAAAUUCUUAUACAUUUA